AAUUUAUUAAUCGUUUUUCGCAGUGUUUGGUAAAUCGUUUGACUUGACAGAAUGGGUAAAUUUGCUAGCAUCGACGGCGAAGCCGAAUUAAGUUUUCCAUCUGAAAAUUUCGAAUCUGCAUCGCCUGAUAUUAUUAAGCAUAUCGAAGUGCGUCAUCGUUUAAAUGGAUAUAAAUCGACUACAAAUACAAAUAAUGGCACAAUUUCAAAUGGGAAUUUUGCUAUCACAAAUGGGAAUGUCAAGAGUAAAACGCCGUCGUCGAUUGCUAUUACCCAGACUGUUCCAAACGGAAAAGUAUACAAUAAAGAGGAAAACACACAACAGAGCAAAGGAGAAAUAGGAUUCUAUGAUGAUCCUUAUCGAAGCAAAACCUCCUUCGAAGAGGUCCCACUACACACAGCCUGCCUAACAUAUCUUGGCUUUUACCUGCUUAUGAUAUUGGGCUACAUCAAUCAAUUGAUGUGUGCCCCCAAAAUAGCUAAAGAAGAAAAUCGAGAGGGCUAUGUAACGCUAUACGAUGCCUUUGAGAGUUUCUAUUCGCGAUACGUCUAUCGAAGAGUUCGAGAUUGCUGGAAUCGUCCAAUUGUUAGUGUCCCAGGAGCAGAAGUCACUUUAAAAGACCGAAUAACCAAAGACUACGGUUGGACAUUUGAGUUCACUGGAACACAAACAAAAUGUCUUAACCUGGGAUCUUAUAACUAUUUGGGAUUUGCAGCGGCCGAAGGUCCAUGUGCCGAUCAGUCUGCAGAGCGUUGCAGAACAGACGGUUUGGCUCUAGGCAGUUCCCGUCGAGAAUUAGGAACUACCUACUUGCAUGUGGAACUUGAAAAAUUGACGGCAAAAUUCAUCGGUGCCGAAGAUGCUAUUGUAUUUGGAAUGGGAUUCGCAACGAAUUCACUCAAUCUGCCAUCACUACUUGCACCUGGGUGUUUGGUGGUGAGUGAUGAGAAGAAUCAUGCAUCGAUUAUUCUUGGCAUUCGUUUGUCGGGAGCCACUACAAAAGUAUUCAAACAUAAUAACAUGAAAGAUUUGGAGCGUGUGUUGCGUCAUAAUGUUGUUAAUGGCAAUCCAAAAACAGGCAAGCCAUGGACUAAAAUUAUGAUUAUUGUUGAAGGAGUUUUCAGUAUGGAAGGAUCUAUUGUGCGACUGCCGGAAAUUAUUGCAUUGAAAAAGAAGUACAAGGCGUAUUUGUAUUUGGAUGAGGCACAUAGUGUUGGUGCUAUGGGACCGAAUGGUCGUGGAAUUGUCGAUUACUAUGGUGCCGAUCCAAAAGAUGUGGAUAUAUUGAUGGGAACAUUUACAAAGAGCUUUGGCAGUGCUGGUGGUUAUAUUGCUGGAUCUAAGAAACUAAUUGAUUUUAUCCGAGUGCACAGUCAUGCCCACUGCUAUGCUAGUUCAAUGUCCCCACCAAUAGCACAACAGAUUAUGACUUCAAUGAAAAUGAUUAUGGGAGAAGAUGGUUCAGAUAUUGGUCGUAGAAAAAUUGAGCAACUGGCUCGGAAUACUCGUUAUUUCCGACGACGACUGGCCCAAAUGGGUGUCAUCACCUAUGGGCAUGAAGAUUCGCCAGUUGUACCAAUGUUGGUCUAUCUUUUCUCCAAAAUUGGAGCUGUAGUUCGUACUCUCACUUUCCGCAAAGUAGCUGUUGUUGGAGUUGGGUUUCCAGCCACUCCAAUCAUGGAAGGACGCAUUCGCUUUUGCUUAUCUGCGGCUCACACCAAAGAGCAGCUAGAUUACGCCUUACAAGUCAUCGAUGAAAUUAGUGAUUCGGUGGGCCUAAAGUAUUCACGCAAACCGCGAGAUCCCAAUCCAAUUAUCUAUUAAGUUAAAAUUAAUUUUAAGUUUUUGCUUUCAUAUUCCGAAAUUUCUUUCAAAUUAAGCCUUCGAUACAAAACAAAACACAUACACACAAAAACACAAGUUAUUAUUUAUAUUUACAUAUUUUUGUGAACCUAAUUUUCCCUUAGGAAAAUCUCUUUAAGUAUAAAAUAAUUGGCAGCAAACUAAAAAAAAAAGAUGUUGUGGAUCCAUUUGUGUUUUUUUCUAAAACGAAAAAAAAAAAAAAAAAAAAAACAACAAUUUACAAACAUCAAGAAAAGAUCAAAAUCACAAUGAACAAAACACCCAAUGUACACUUUUUUAAUUGCUGCUUAGUAAAAUUUAGUAUUAAAAACCUAAGAAUAUUUUAUAACAUACAAAAUUAGUUAUAUAAUUUAUGCUUUUAAUGUUUAAAAAUUUAUUAAAGUUAAACAACAAAAAUGAAAAAAAAAAGAAAACUUUGUUUACAAAAGAUUUUAUCAAAAAAAUAAUGAAAGUCACAUAAAAUAUUCUACAAUUUUAUGUUUUUAUUUUAUUAUCAUGUAUUUAUGGACAGUCCUUUUUCCCCUUAAAUUUUGGGUUGCUUUCUUUUAUAUUUCUCAAGACAUUAUAACUUUCUACAAGAAUAUCAAACUCUUGCGUUUUUCAAACAUUUUAAGAAUUAAACUUUAUCGCUAUUUACCAUUUUUACGGAAUCUAAGAACUUUCCAUCGAUAUCUGCUCACAUGCAUGUCUUGUCGCUCCAAGUAUGAAAACGUAAGCUUAAUAUUUUCGUUUAUUACCAAUUUUACUGCCGAUGUAUUUUAGUAAUACUGUUAUAUCAUGUAAAUGCCAUCAUCAACUUUCUUUAAGGGCCCUAUUAUGACUCGCGAUUCGCUAAAAAAAAUUUGUCGAAUCAAAGUUAUUGAUCCUUUAACAAGCCAUUAAGCGUUUUAAAAGUUAUAUUUUUUAAUCGUUUUCUUUAUUUUGACUGAAUUUCGGGUGUAUUGUCGUAGUUUUCUAUUCGGUAUACACAAUAUGAGUGUUUCCCAAAUCGUUCGACUUGAUUCGAACGUUCGACUCGCGAGUCAUAAUAGGGCGCUUAAUCUUUGCUUUGAAAAUGAUAAUGAUAAAUAUUAAAAUUGUGAUUUAAUUUCCUGUACAAUUAAGAAAAAGUCAAAAAAUUAUUAUUUAAACAUUUAUAGCGGUUAACAACCCUCAUAUUCGUUAUUCACUGUGCAAAAAUAAUCAGCUUUUUACGUUAUUAAAAACAAACCGCAUUAAAGACGAACCCCAAUUAGGCUACCCGCUUACUCCUCGCUCGAAUGAAAUCGUAAGAAAAUUCGAGAUACUUAUACUUAAUGAUGCCCAAAUGAAUGUAUAACUUCAAAUAUUUAAAUAAAAAAAUAAAUGAAAGUUGAGA